AUGUUGACGGAAACCCGGGGACUGCGUCUACCUGAUGAGCUCCAAAAAGGGCGAAACCGGUACAUGUAUGAAUAUCCGUGGAGAGUUGGAAUCCUUGUUGGAUUGUACAAGAUAACUGAAUGUGUUGCACCGGGCCACCUGAUGUCUCAGUUGGUACGAUAUUCGAGAUAUCGAGACAUGUACAGACGUAAUACACUAGUCGUAAGGUUACUGAAACUCUUGGCAGCUUAU